UCAGCAGAUCAAACAAAAGUUAGUUUAUUUUUCUCAAUUUACAAUUUUCCCUAUAAAUUAUUGAUAUUGAAAAUUAUGGGGAGCCUACUGGUUGAUAACUACGAACUUGAUUCUCACCUCCUCCAACAAGGAUAAAUUCUUUUUUCUUUUGAUUGUUGAGAUUUUCCGGCCUACUCCAAAUCAAAAAAUAUUAUUAAUAUUACAAAUACUUUUUAUAAUUAGAAGAAUUAGUUUCUUACAAAAUUAGUUACUUACCUAUUUUAUUUAUUUUUAUAUUAAUUAAAUUCAAUUUACUAUUUAUUUUAGUUCAAUUUUCUCAAAUAACCCAUAUUUCAACCGAACCAAAUUCGAAAAAACAAGCUCAUGUCCUUAAUCUCCUCCCUCCUAACGGUCGACGACAUUUGCAAAACUGCUUAUGUCUCCCCAUAACUUCCUAAAUCUUCGUCGCCUUCAUGAUCUUCGUUUUCAUCCUCUUUCUCUCUCAUAAUCUUCAAAAAUUUUCCGAAAUUAUCCAGAAUUUUGUUUCUGCCUAAAAAGAAGACUUACACUUUUGGUAGUUAAAGAGAUUUCUUUAAUAUGGAAGGCUCACAGAAUGAUGCUCUUUUACAAAUGGAAACUACUUGUGGGUCUCUUUUAUAUGAACUUCAGACAAUAUGGGAUGAGAUGGGUGAGUCUGAAGCAGCUAGGGAUAAGAUGUUACUCGAGCUUGAACAAGAAUGCCUUGAAGUAUAUAGGAGAAAAGUUGAUGCGGCUAAUCGCUCCAGAGCACAGCUGCGACAAAGUAUUGCUGAUUCAGAGGCAGAGCUUGCAGCUAUCUGUUCGGCAAUGGGAGAACUUCCAGUACAUAUUAGACAGAUUGAGCAAAAGGCUGGAAGUUUGAAGGAAGAAUUUGAUGCCAUUCUUUUUCAACUAGAAGUGAUGCGAAAAACAAAAGAAGAGCGGAGGAAUCAAUUUCUUGAGGUCAUUGGACAAAUUCAGAAGGUAUCCACCGAAAUUUGUGGAUCGUCUGGAUAUGAUAGCUCAAAGGCAGUCGUGGAUGACAAUGACCUAACUCUAAGACGGCUUGAAGAGUUGCAAAAACAAUUAUUGUCCUUGCAAAAGGAGAAGAGUGACCGCCUGAAGAAAGUCCUUGAUGACCUUAGUGUUUUGAGAUCAUUGUGCUCUGUCCUUGGAUUGGAUUUUAAGGAAACCAUCAGCAUAGUUCAUCCCAGUUUAGUUGACUCUGAGGAAAAACAUAGUAUAAGUACUCAUACUCUUCAAGAACUUGAGUGUUCCAUAAAGCGAUUGCGAGAGCUUAAGCUUCAUAGGAGGCAGAGGCUCCAAGAUCUCGCUACCAUGUUGUUGGAGCUCUGGAAUCUAAUGGAUACACCAGUCGAAGAGCAACAAGCAUUUCAAAAUGUCACAUAUAAUAUUGCUGCAUCGGAGGAUGAGAUGACCGACCCCAACAUGCUUUCAGAUGAUUUUAUUAAAUAUGUUGAAGUUGAAGUUUGUAGGUUGGAAGAACUGAAGUCUAGCAAACUGUUAGAGCUUGUCUUGAAGAAGAGGGCAGAGCUAGACGAAAUUUGUAGGAAGACACAUUUGGUUCCUGAAUUAGAUCACGAAAUUGUAAAUUUCAUGGAGGCAAUAGAUUCAGGUAGAGAUUUGGACCCUGCUUCUGUCCUCGAAAAAAUGGAACUAGAAGUUGGCAGGGUAAAAGAAGAAGCCUUUAGCCGCAAUGACAUUUUGGAAAAGGUUGAGAAGUGGUUAUCUGCACGUGUGGAGGAGGAGUGGCUUGAAGAAUAUAAUAUGGAUGAGAACAGAUUCAAUCCAGGAAGAGGUGCUCAUCGCAUCCUCAAACGUGCAGAGAAAGCUCGAACAAUAGUUAAUAAGCUUCCAGGGAUGGUAGAUGCCCUGGUUGUAAAAACUCAAAAUUGGGAGGAUGAAAGAGGUGUUGAGUUCCUUUAUGAUGGUACUCGUCUUCUUUUUAUGCUCGAGGGAUACACAACAUUACGACAGGAGAAGGAACAUGAAAAGAAACGGCAGAGAGAACAAAAGAAACUUCAAGGGCAACUACUUGCAGAACAAGAGAUACUUUUUGGAUCUAAACCAAGUCCGGUGAAAACUGCCAAGAAAAGUUCUAAAAUUCCUACAGGAGGAAACUGUAAAAGGAUUCCUGUUGGAGGAAUUAUGGCUCAAACACCUAGGCCUAACUCAUCUCAAUCUGCUAGAACAACACCAAAUCUACGUCCCUCCAAGAAAGAUGAUUACACUGGAGCACCUCAAUCAAAUAUGAUAAAGGCGUUGGAUAAGAACUUCACAUUUAAUGGCCGUGACUCAGAGUUGGCUGUGCUACGAAGACCUCUGUCGCCCAUUUCUUCAGCAUCAGCAAGAGAAAACGAGGACUUGUAUGACAUUGAGAACUUCAUCGUGAGCGACAAUGUGCAGCCAAUAGUCUCGAAACAACCGACAUCCCAGCAAAUACUUGGUACACCGUCAAAGAUGACUGCUACUGCAGGCGAAGAAAACUGCACCCCAGAAGCAAUUCACAUCCCUGCAUCUACAGCACCUUCAACAGUUUCCGCUCCCAUGCACACAUCAAUGACACCUGCUCCUAUUAGACAACCCGAUUUCGAUAAUGGUACUAAUUCAGUAGAAGAAACUGAUGAAGAUAUCGAAUAUUCAUUCGAGGAAAUACGAGCUGGUUUUGUGCUGCCUAGCACACAACCAGUCGGGAAUUUAGGUCUGGGCAUGCCUAGUCCAUGGCCCGGGUCAUAAGAUUAAAAAUGCAAUUAAUUUAGAAUUGCAUAGCAUAAAAUACAAAAGAAGGACAAAUAAGUCCGUUCAGCACAUAUAAAGAUGAAUAUUCAACCUAUCUUAUCCUAGCAUCUUGAAUUUACCAGAGAUAUGUAAAUAUGUGGGACCAUGAGACCAAAGAAUCUAUGAAGGUAUUAUAACCUCUUCCAGGAUUGUUUUUUGUACGAAUUACAAUAUCAAUGUGACAACUAAUUGUAGAGGAAGGGAGUAAUUACUAGUCAUCAGUAUAUAGUUUAACUCAAAAUGAUGGAUAAGUCAAAUUAUAAGUUUUGGCUUAUUCAUCCUUUUUGGCAGUUGUAAAAUGUUAUGAUAUAUUUUUUAUUGCUAUAAUCUGUAAAGUCUGUAAAGAGAAGAUAUUCAGAUCUCAGUAUAUUUAAAUUAACUAAACUAAUGUUGGUCUCUGUUACUGUAAAAUUGAAAAUUAAUCUUCUUUGACCACUCUUAAUCUUUGUCUUGAUGCUUUGACUAUAUUGAUUCUCCCUCUCUUAAGGAGAAGAUUGCUAACAAUCCUCCAUAAUCAUAGCCUAACGGCUACGUUCCCCUAUUAGCAUAUUAAUCCUUUUUUAUAAUUAUGUUGUUUUUCCUUUAUAAACUUUUAAGAUUAUUUUCUUGUAUUAUGUGAUAUUUUAAUUUAUUUAUAUUUUUAUAUAAGAUGUACUCUAUUAUUCAUUUAAUAAACAAACACUCUCAACUUUU